UCUCGUCGUCUUCCUUAAUAAGCGAGUGAGGACUGGAUUGAACGAAAUUGAUAGAUAGUGCUUAGUGCAUGUUCAUCUCCGCUUAUUCACUUAAAAUCAAAAGGACGAUUUCCAUGGCGGCGAAAAUCAACUCCUUUUCACACUUUCUGAAUUCUGGAUCAUUACGACAACUUAUCGUGUCUUCUUCUUCCAAGAAUUCGAUUGUAUUCGGAGGAUUCCCGGCAACAACUCAAACAAUUUUUCCUCCUUUACGAACUCGAAACAGAUCGCUAUGUCGUGUAAGUGGCACAAAUGAUGAAGAAGCUUCUGCUAAAGCAGCUGCAGCAACUGCUGACAUUGGAGGUCCAACCAUAUUUGACAAGAUUAUAUCCAAGGAGAUACCUUCAACCAUAGUGUAUGAGGAUGAUAAGGUGUUGGCAUUUCGUGAUAUCAAUCCACAAGCACCUGUGCAUGUUGUAGUAAUUCCCAAGUUCAGGGAUGGACUAACAGAGCUUGGAAAGGCUGAACCAAGGCACAGUGAGAUACUGGGUCAUCUUCUAUAUACUGCAAAGAUGGUAGCAGAGAAGGAAGGCAUCUUGGACGGAUUUCGUGUUGUUGUCAAUAAUGGUCCUGGUGGCUGUCAAUCUGUUUAUCAUCUACACUUGCAUGUACUUGGAGGAAGACAAAUGAAAUGGCCACCUGGUUAAGCAUCCUUGCGGACUUCUAUAUUAGGCUCGUUUAUCUUACUUCUUCUUAGAUUAAAAUGUGCUAAUCUGUAUUCUUUUAUUUUCUUCUUUUUUGUCACUGUCAGUUCUGAUCAAAUGUUUUUAGUGAUUUUCAUUUGCAAAUAUUAAAAUGCUUUUCAAGGAGAGAUACAUUUUUCUUCAA